AUGUCGGACAGCAAAUUGACAGCUGCAAUUUUGAUCGUAUCUGAUACAGCGUCUCAGAAUGCUUCUACUGACAGAUGUGGACCUGCUUUGAAGGAAGUCUUCGAGUCGGACGAGAGAGGAUCUUUCGCAGUCUCGGAAGUCAAGAUCGUCCCGGACAGCACCGAAGCGAUUCAACACUUCAUUAAGCAUAAUACAGACCACGCCGACCCUGUCAAUCUGAUAAUCACGUCCGGUGGUACAGGCUUUGCGGUCAAAGAUAGUACCCCAGAGGCUGUGUCGCCUCUUAUACAUAAACAUGCCACAGGCCUUGUGCAUGCAAUGUUGUCUGCAUCCCUCGCAAUUACCCCAUUCGCCAUGAUGGCGCGACCAAUAGCUGGUGUGCGCAACAGUACUCUAAUAAUCACUUUGCCAGGAUCACCGAAAGGUGCAAAGGAAAAUUUAGAGGCUAUUCUUCGUCAGUUACCACAUGCCUGCCAACAAGCCGCUGGGGCUGAUUCCCGAGAGUUGCAUGUUGGAGGCGUGACGCAAUUGGAACAAGACGCCGGAUUGAGACGUUUUAUGACCGUCAAAGGUAUGUCAGUAUACAAUUGCGAGAUAUACGGUCAUGUACAUGGCAGCCACAAGGCACCGGUUCCCCAUACCAAAUCCGAAUCUCAUCCGCAGUCAAACGAUCCAAACGCUGGGCCUAGCAGACGAUACCGCAGCUCGCCAUACCCGAUGCUCUCAGUAGACGAGGCUUUGCAACUUAUACAAGAGCAUACCCCUUCAUCGAAAGCAGUAAUGAGACUCGUAGAUGAAGCUCUAGUUGGUAGUGUGCUCGCAGAUGAUGUCAAAGCCGUUGAGUCUGUCCCUGCUUUCAGAGCCAGUAUUGUUGAUGGAUAUGCCAUCAAGCUGCCAAGCUCUGGUAAAUCCGUCAAAGGCAUUUACCCAGUUGCUAUGAUCUCACAUGCGCAGGCUGGAGAUAUUGCUAGCUUGGAAGAGGGUAGUAUUGCAAGGAUUACAACUGGGGCUCCACUUCCACCGGGAGCGGAUGCUGUGGUCAUGGUCGAAGAUACAGUCCUGAAAAGCAAUACUACAGACGGUCAGGAAGAAAAGGAUGUCGAAAUUCUCACGGAUGAAAUUGUGCGUGGCGAAAAUAUAAGGGAAGUGGGUAGUGACGUGCAAGCUGGUGAAACCAUCAUGAAAAAAGGUGAAGGCAUCACAGCCAUCGGAGGAGAGCUUGGUCUUCUAGCCUCAGUUGGUGUCCGUCAGGUUCUCGUGUAUCACAAGCCUGUGGUGGGAGUCUUAAGUACUGGUGAUGAGAUUGUUCCUCAUGAUAGACUAGGAGAUCUACGCCUAGGUGAAGUCCGAGAUACAAACCGACCGACACUAUUGACGGCAAUACAGGGCUCUGGAUUUAAAGCCAUGGACCUGGGUAUCGCUUCAGAUAAGCCAGGCGCCCUAGAAGAAGCCUUGCGCACCGCAUUCACUCACGUAGAUGUUCUCAUUACAACUGGUGGGGUCUCCAUGGGCGAGCUUGACCUUCUGAAGCCUACUAUCGAGCGAGCUCUUGGUGGUACGAUUCACUUUGGCCGAGUCAACAUGAAGCCUGGCAAACCGACGACUUUUGCAUCUCUUGUUCUCAAAAACCCGACUUCAGGGGCCAGGAUCACAAAAUUAAUCUUCUCCUUACCUGGGAACCCAGCUAGUGCAACAGUCUGCUACCACCUGUUCGUUUUUCCGUCCCUACAUACAGCCAGUGGUAUUAGUCCUCCAGGACUGCCGAAGGUUACUGUGAUAUUGGAGUCUGCAGUCCGUUGUGACAAAGGUCGCCCUGAGUAUCACCGAGUCGCUGUCACAGCUAAAAGAGACGGGAUCCUAUAUGCAAAUAGUACUGGUAUGCAGAGAAGCAGCCGCAUUGGUAGCUUCAAGAGUGCAAACGCACUUUUGUGCCUACCUGCAGGGAAGGGAAUGCUUUCGAAAGGUGACAAAGUGGACGCUUUGUUGAUGGGUCAAAUAGUCGGUUAUAUUGACGCGUGA